GGCGGCGGCGGCGGCUGAGGUGAGGAAGUAGGAGGAGCCGUGGCCGGCGCUGACACCGAAGCCCGAGCCAUGGACGAGGAAUACGAUGUGAUCGUGCUGGGCACCGGCCUCACCGAAUGCAUCCUGUCUGGGAUCAUGUCUGUGAACGGGAAGAAGGUGCUGCACAUGGACCAGAACCCCUACUACGGGGGAGAGAGCUCCUCCAUCGCACCCCUGGAGGAGCUCUAUAAACGCUUUCAGCGUCUGGAGGGGCCCGCUGAAUCGAUGGGCCAGGGCUGAGACUGGAACGUUGACCUGAUUCCCAAAUUUGUCAUGGCCAAUGGGCAGCUGGUGAAGAUGCUGCUGUACACAGAAGUGAUUCGCUACCUGGACUUUAAGGUGGUCGAGGGCAGCUUUGUCUACAAGGGGGACAAGAUCUACAAGGUGCCGUCCACGGAGACCGAGGCCUUGGCUUCCAAUCUGAUGGGCAUGUUUGAGAAGCGGCGCUUCCGCAAGUUCCUGGUGUUUGUGGCAAAUUUUGAUGAGAACGACCCCAAGACCUUUGAAGGGGUCGACCCUCAGACCACCAGCAUGCAUGAUACCUACCGGAAGUUUGACUUGGGCCAGGAUGUCACUGACUUCACUGGCCACUCCCUGGCGCUCUAUCGCACCGAUGACUACCUGGACCAGCCCUGUCUCGAGACCAUCAACCGCAUCAAAUUGUACAGUGAAUCCCUGGCCCGGUAUGGGAAGAGCCCAUAUUUAUACCCACUGUAUGGUCUUUGGGAACUGCCGCAGGGAUUUACAAGACUGAGUGCCAUCUAUGGCGGGACAUAUAUGCUGAACAAGCCCGUGAAUGACAUCAUCAUGGAGAAUGGCAAGGUGGUGGGAGUGAAGUCAGAUGGGGAGGUGGCCCGCUGCAAGCAGCUGAUCUGUGACCCCAGCUACAUUCCGGAUUGAGUGCGGAAGGCAGGCCAAGUUAUCCGCAUCAUCUGUAUCCUCAGCCACCCCAUCAAGAACACCAGCUAUGCCAACUCCUGCCAAAUCAUCAUCCCCCAGAACCAGGUCAACAGGAAGUCAGACAUCUACGUGUGCAUGAUUUCCUACGCACACAACGUGGCUGCGCAGGGCAAGUACAUCGCCAUCGCAAGCACCACAGUGGAGACCGCAGAGCCCAAAAAGGAGGUAGAGCCGGCUCUGGAGCUGCUGGAGCCCACUGACCAGAAGUUCGUGGCCGUCAGCGACUUGUACGAGCCCCUCGAUGAUGGCUCCGAGAGCCAGGUGUUCUGUUCCUGCUUUUAUGAUGCCACCACACACUUCAAAACAACCUGCAGUGACAUCAAUGACAUCUACAAAUGCAUGGCAGGCUCAGCCUUUAACUUUGAGAACAUGAAGCGCAAACAGAAUGAUGUCUUUGGAGAAGCUGACCAGUGAUGGCCUCUGGCCCCACCCCAGCCCUAGGUGCCCCCCUCCUUGCACCACUCUGUUCCAUCUGUUCUCCUCCAUGGAGACAGGGGGGGUUGGCCGGGGCACUCCUAUUUCCAGAAUCUUCUGCUUCCCCCCACCACAGUCCCCAUCACCCACCUCAUUUUAUUCACUGACCAAAUCCUUAACCGUAGUGAUGGUUUGGGAGAUAGGGGGGCGGGUAGUAUCCUCUUUCUUGGUCCCUCCUUUAUCCUGGGAAAAGAGGGUCCCUUUCUUUGUGUGUGUCUCUUCCCCCCCACCCCUCAUUCUGCUCUGUUUGCAAAGAACGUGAAGGAAAAAGUUCAGUUCCCCACUAUUGCUCUUACCCCACUGUAGUGGCCUUUGGAGACAUCCCUGCUUCUCCCACCAACUAGCUUGUGUGUUGGAGAGAAGGGGCCCUCCCAGCACAAAAGUCGCACCCCCCCAAUUUAUUCUGAUUUAUUAACUUGGCCCCCACCCCGUCGGAGCACAGAAGGGAGCGGCGCGCCCCCUCCCGCCGGAGCCGCCCCGCCCCCCCCCCCC